GGGGAGUGGAAGAGGUCAGGCGGAAUCCAGAGCUUGGGAAAGCUUUCUUUUGCAACAGCAAAGAUGUGGAGCUCCCUGCAUGCUGCCACUGAGCCCACCUACGCAAGGAGCAACAGGAGCCGUUCCUGGGUGCUGGCUGUGGGGGUGGCAGUCGGCGUGUUCCUCCUCGGAUUCCUCAUUGGUUGGCUGAGUAAACCUGAAGGCCAAUUGCCAGCAACAGGUUCUCACGAGAAGAUGAAGAAGGCGUUUAUGACAGAAAUGAAAGCUGCAAAUAUCAAGCAUUUUUUAUACAAUUUCACUCGGCUGCCUCACUUGGCAGGCACGCCAGAGAACCUGCGCCUAGCCAAACAAAUACAGGCCCAGUGGAAGGAAUUUGGCCUGGAUUCCGUUCAGCUGGCUCCCUAUGAUGUUCUGCUUUCCUACCCAAAUGAAACAAAUCCCAACUACAUCUCAAUUGUGGAUGACCAAGGGCACGAGCUUUUCAACACCUCAUUAUCUGAGCCUCUGCCUCCGGGGUAUACACACAUUGAAGACGUUGUUCCACCCUACAGUGCUUUCUCUGCUCAGGGCAUGCCAGAGGGAGAUCUGGUUUACGUGAACUACGGAAGCAUAGAGGAUUUCCAGAGGUUAGAGCGAGAGCUCGGAAUUAAUUGCUCUGGGAAAAUUGCCAUCGCCAGAUAUGGGAAAAUCUUCAGAGGAAACAAGGUGAAGAAUGCUGUUGCUGCUGGAGCCAAGGGAGUCAUUUUAUACUCCGACCCAGCUGACUCUUGCGCCCCUGGAGUAGACCCUUACCCAGUAGGGUGGAAUCUUCCCGAAGGUGGAGCUCAGCGUGGGAAUGUCCUGAAUCUGGAUGGCGCUGGGGACCCCCUCACGCCAGGUUAUCCCGCCAAAGAGUACACCUACCGCUACGAUGAAGCCCAGGCGACAGCCCAAUUGAACAUUCCUGUCCACCCUAUUGGUUACCAUGAUGCUGAGAUGUUGCUGAGGGACAUGGGAGGAUCACCCCCACCAGAUGACAGCUGGAAGGGAAACCUCUCUGUGCCUUACAACGUUGGGCCAGGCUUCAUAGGAAGUUCUUCAAAAAGCAGAGUCAAAAUGCAUGUCCACAGCAUCAAAGAAGUAAGAAGAAUUUACAAUGUGAUCGGUACUCUCCAAGGUGCAACAGAGCCAGACAGGUACGUUAUCCUAGGUGGCCACCGAGACUCUUGGGUCUUUGGUGGGAUUGACCCGCAGAGCGGAGCGGCUGUCGUUCACGAGAUUGUCCGAAGCUUUGGGAAGCUGAAGCAGCAAGGAUGGAGGCCUCGGAGAACGGUGAUAUUUGCCAGCUGGGAUGCUGAGGAGUUUGGCUUGAUAGGAUCUACAGAGUGGGCUGAGGAAAAUGUCAAAAUACUGCAGGAGCGUGGCGUGGCCUAUAUCAAUGCUGAUUCCUCCGUAGAAGGCAACUACACCCUUCGAGUUGACUGCACCCCGCUGAUGUAUAGCUUGGUAUACAAUCUGACUAAAGAGAUACCAAGCCCCGAUGAAGGCUUUGAAGGCAGAUCUCUUUAUGAAAGCUGGUAUGAGAAAAACCCCUCAACGGGGCAGGAAGAUGUGCCCAGGAUUAACAAGCUGGGCUCCGGCAAUGAUUUUGAAGUCUUUUUCCAGAGGUUGGGCAUCGCUUCCGGAAGAGCUCGAUACACUAAAAACUGGAGGGUGGACAAAUACAGUAGCUACCCUGUUUAUCACAGCGUCUACGAGACCUACGAGAUCGUGGAGCAGUUUUAUGACCCCACUUUUAAGAACCACCUUGCCGUGGCUCAGGUGCGUGGAGGAAUCGUGUUUGAACUGGCAGAUUCCAUCGUCCUUCCUUUCGACUGCCGGGAUUACGCCAAGGCACUCAGCAGUUACGCGAACGUCAUUCACAACAUGACCCUGAAACACCAGGAAGCCUUGGUGACGUACAACGUGUCGUUAGGUUCUCUCCUUGAUGCAGUGGGGAAGUUUUCAGAAUCUGCCAGUGACUUUCACAAGAGAUCGCAACUACUGGACACCAAUAACCCUAUUGCAGUGCGAUCUUGGAAUGAUCAGCUGAUGUUUCUGGAAAGAGCAUUUAUCGACCCCCUUGGAUUACCUGGCAGGCCGUUCUAUAGACACAUCAUCUUUGCUCCGAACAGCCAUAACAAGUAUGCUGGAGUGUCAUUUCCCGGUAUCUACGAUGCCCUGUUUGACAUUGCCAACGCAGAGGACCAGCAGAAGGCCUGGGAGGAAGUCAAGAGACAGAUCUCCGUUGCAGCCUUCACAGUCACCGCCGCCGCCGGGACUCUGAAAGAAACAGCGUGAAUCCCUAGAGGGUCCAAGGAGCUGGCUCUACUUGCCAAAGUCCUGCUGAGUUUGGAACUCAGAGACUUUCCUUGGGGAGGCUUGUUCACAUGUUGCACUGAACACAGCUACAAGCUGCCUUUACCCAUGUACAAGUGAUGGUGUGAAAGAGUGCGCCCUUGUUGAUUUGUUCAGCUCAACCAUUGUGCACACAGACAACACAGGCAUUGAACAUUACUGUACACAGGUUGUGCACUCAUAAAUCCCAGGGAUUUCAGCGGGCACUUAAUUAUGGAUAACCAUAUAGGUUUUCAGCUCAGAGGACUUAACACCGAAAGAGAAAUCCAAGCUAUUCACACCAUCACAACCCAAUCUUGACAGGCGUGUCUUUCAUUGCCUUUCCUGCGCUGAGGUUUUGAGGACCAUCAAAGCCAAUUUCUUGAUGGAAAAACAAACAAAUAGUUCAAUAGGUGUGGACCUUGAUGCAGAAGAAUGCCCACCUUCCAGAUCCCCAAGGAUGUGAUCUGAUGGCACACCAAUGUGUUGAUGGAUCUCGGUUCCCUUGAAGGCAUGAGGGGUGUUCACACAUUACAUUCAAUAUGAGUCACUUUUCAAAGGAUUUAAAUUUGGGCUUUAUUUUAAAACUUACUUUACAAAUCCCAUGGCUUUAUUAUCUACUUGCACCCCAAAGUUUUGGGUGCAUCUUUACAAACUUGUACACAACCAAAAACAAAAGUUUUUGGAAAGGAGGGUGGAUGAGCUACUGAACUUUUGGAUAUCUACGUUUAGAACUUAGAAGCUGAAAAGUCCCAUUAUGGCUGGAAUUCUCACUGGUGGUGAGCACGUUAGAUGCCAUUUUAAAUUUCCCACAAUGCCACAGAACAAGUCUACAUUGGUUAUUCUGGGGCACCGUGUGAAACUUAAAUGCUGGAAAUGUAAAUAAAAUUAAGUUCUGAUGCUACCUGGAGUGCCGUCACCAUGCAAGUCCAUGUGGGGAGGGGAGCAUUUGGCAUAGGAGUGGCCCCACAGACAGAUGUGGCCCUGGGGGCCCCUAUUGGCUUUGAAAAGCAAAUGAUCCCAAGCUCAAUACCUUCUGGAACAGUUGUUGUACUCAAUUUCCUCAUCAAUAGAACCUCCCUUUAGAAGUCGGUUUUGCUUUUGUGCCUUUACAAAUCAAAAUAAAGUUCCCUCUAAAAAGAU